CGUUCCCCGGGGCUGAGGCGGAGCUGGAGGCGGGAUGGGGCGGCCCCUGCUCCAAGCGCCCUUGAAAUAGCAGCCGUGGGCUCAGCGCCACACAGUGCCCGGCUCCCUGCACCAUGGGCGGUAAGAAGGUUUGCAUCGUGGGCUCUGGGAACUGGGGCUCGGCCAUUGCCAAGAUCGCCGGCAGCAACGCGGCGCAGCUGAGCACCUUCGAGAACCAGGUGAACAUGUGGGUGCUGGAGGAGGAGGUGGGCGGCCGGCGCCUCACCGACAUCAUCAACACGGAGCAUGAAAAUGUCAAAUACCUGCCAGGGCACAAGCUGCCCCCCAACUUGGUGGCAGAGCCAGACCUGCUGAAAGCCUGUGCUGGGGCCGACAUCCUCCUCUUCGUGGUGCCCCAUCAGUUCAUCGGCAAAGUCUGUGACCAGCUCAAGGGCCACGUGAAGAAAGACGCAAUCGGGAUGUCGCUCAUCAAGGGGGUGGAUGAAGGACCAGACGGGCUCAGGCUGAUCUCAGACAUCAUCCACGAAAAGCUGGGAAUCGAGAUGAGUGUCCUCAUGGGGGCCAACAUCGCUAGUGAAGUGGCGGAAGAGAAGUUCUGCGAAACGACCAUCGGCUGCAAGAACCCGCAGCACGGGCUGACACUGAAGGAGCUGAUGCAGACGCCGAACUUCCGCGUGACGGUGGUGCAGGAGGCCGACACAGUCGAGAUCUGCGGGGCUCUCAAGAACGUUGUGGCUGUAGGAGCUGGUUUCUGUGAUGGGCUCGGCUACGGUGACAACACAAAGGCUGCUGUGAUCCGUCUGGGGCUGAUGGAGAUGAUCGGCUUCGCCAAACUCUUCUGUAAGGGCCCCGUCACCUCCUCCACCUUCUUGGAGAGCUGCGGGGUCGCUGACCUCAUCACCACCUGCUACGGGGGCCGCAACCGCAAGGUGGCCGAGGCUUUUGCCAAGACUGGGAAGACUAUUGAGCAGCUGGAGAAGGAGAUGUUGAAUGGGCAGAAGCUGCAGGGUCCCGCAACGGCUGCUGAGCUGCAUCGCAUCCUGAAAAUCAAGAAUGCCGUGGAAAAGUUCCCGCUCUUCACAGCCGUGUACCAGAUCUGCUACGAGGGCAAACCUGUCACCGAUAUCAUCAAGUGUCUCCAGAACCACCCCGAGCACAACUAAGUGGGCUCUGCCUGCAAAACCACGGAUCCUGCCGGGAUGAACAGGGAGCUCCUGCCCGCACCAGCCUGCUGCUGCUACAGCUUUGCGAGGAGUCCGGAUUUUCCGGGAGCCUUUGCCGCGUGCUGGAAGGGCAGAGGUUCCUUUUCUCAGCCCUGGGCACCGCCAGCCUGAGCAGAGGUACCUGCUGAUCUCCCUCUCUCUUCAACGGGCUCGUUUCGCUUCCGCCGCUGUGUCGGGUCUGCUGUGAGUGGGUCCGAGCAUCUUCCUCCCUUCAGUUUCUCUUGCUGUGAUGGAUUUGGUUCUUGGAGGGACUCUGCCAGGCCACCCUGCUCGACACAGGCUGUGCAGGGGACACUGCCUGUGAGCACAAAUUUGCUCUGAGCCCCACGGGGCCACCGUGCGCGGUACCAGCCCUUUCCUGCUUGCUGCUCUCGCUUUGGGCUUAAGUGUUUCGUGGAGAGGACGCAGUUCCCCGCCAGGUUCCAUCAGGGCGAGUGAAGCUCCUAUGGACUUUCAAAGGGGCUGAGAAUCGCUCUUCUUCCUAAGAAGCCCCAGCACAGUGUCAGUGGCUUCUCUGCCACCCUGUCGUGUGCUGCUUCCCCAGCCGCCACCAGCUGCCACUGCCCAGCGGAACAGCCAAUGCUUCACGUGCGGGGGCAGCCCCGCAGUGAGACUUUAUUUACUUUACUUUGAUUGUUUUGCUCUCAUAAUCAAACCUGGCCCCUGGGGAACUCCCCUGUUGUCACAGAUUUGCCUGUGCUGAUUCCAUGCCCGCCAGCCAUCCCCAGACAGCCCUUUGUCCCUCCUGUCAGUUUGUCCUCUGGCUUUGGCAACGCAGGGACCAACUGCCCCCACGUCCUUCUGAGCAGCUGGCAGAGCGUAACCCUUGGCAGCGCACCUGACAAAGGGUCAUGUUGCUUUUAGAUGAAUGAUCCACAGCAGCUUUUUGCCAUUUGCUCCAGUCUGUGCCUCAGCCUGGUCUUUGCUUCUACCUGUGGCCUUUUAGCAGCUGAGGAUGCAGGUUGCACAUUUAGUUUCCCCGCUGUCCCUCCUGUGAGGGUCUGGAAGCUGCACAAGGGGCAGCCAUGGACACGUGAGUACAGGGAGACCUCCAGCAUCACAGGAGGGGGCAGAGGUCUUGCGCCGUGCUUUUGAAACUCGCCCCUUGUCCGGCUGGGCACCACGUGCCUCUGAGGUUGGCUCCCUCGGCUCCUGUUUGCUCAGGCCAGCGUGUCCAGCUGGUCACUGAUCCCUGGCUGGGCUGGCGGGCUCGAGCUGCUGCAGGUCCCACUGUCCAAGCCCCAUUCUGGCUCCCAGUGCCGAUGUGUCUCUGACUCACCGUGUACUUCACGAACAUUUAAAAUAAUAAUAAACUCAGAGAGGAGAACGGAGACGCGCACCUUGCUCUGUGGCUCCUGUGCAUCAUUGUCUUUGGUUUGGUGGCUGCUGUGCUUGUCAAGGGCGCAGAGCGGGGCACCGCCAGCUCUGUCAUGGCUCUGCGCCCUUGUGUGCUGUCCCACAACCAGCAGGAAUGUCCCUGCUCAGUCACAACACACCACAGUGUCCCACUUGCCUUUUCCCAGCAGCAGUUCCAGUGUCAAGGCUUGGCUGCGGGACCAAAGAGGGUUGGGAUUGUGAUGUUGGACUGGGUACAGAAUCCUGGCUCUGCAGGAGCUGGGCCAGGACCCCACUGUGCCACACGUACCCCAGGUCUCCCCUUCCCUGAUGUCUUGGCUUCUUUGGACAUGCUGCGUUGUUUUAUUCAUCUCUUCCCAGCUGCUUUUCCCAGACUUGCCUCGUCCCCAUCUUUCUUUGAAAUACGCCUCGUACUGUGUGACCUUUGAGGACUCCUAGCCCUCCGCUCAGCCUCUUGCUAGGGGAAUUUAAUCUGCUGGCGCUGCAGUUGUUUCUGUACCUUUUAUUAGACAUGCUUUCUCACUAGGCACCCUACGACCUUUAAAUUUCACUGAGCUAUCGUACAGAAAGUAGCCAGCAUCGGCUUCCUCUGCUGAGGGACUUUAUUGAGGCUGGAGGAGGAUAAAGGAAGCCCAGCGUGUUCCUGCAGGGCUGGCACAACUUCUUAUUCCCUUUGUCUUGAAGCACGUCAGGAAUCCCAGCUCAAGUGUUUGGACGCGAGACUCAGAGAGGCGAGAGGGUCUCAGUUCUCCCUUGACGUGUUGCAGUCUCUCACCCUGGCUAAACUCAUGCCAGCACCUGCCCGAAGCUGCAGCAGGAUGCAGAGUUGUGUUUUGGAGUCGUGUUUAGCUGUUACCAGUGUUAGCUGUGGAAGUGCUUUGCACAUCCCUCCCGGUGUGGGUUUGUCCAGCGCUCGGUGCUGCCGGCAUCGCCGCAUCCCACACCCGCGCCACGUCUGCUGGAGCCCCAGCCCUCACCUGGGGCGGCCAACGCGCAGGUCUCUUGCUUUUAGACACCCCCCCUGCCUUGCAGCAGCGCCGGCGUUCACGAGCUAUAAAAAGUCUUCCCUUUGCCAUUUGGAGUUAAGUUCCGCAGCCUCAGCACAUCCAGGCGCUGCGGCCGCGGGAGCUGGGGAAGGGACCAGGGGGGUGGCCGGACUGUCACAGCCCCAGCGGUGACAGAGCCCUCGGAGCAGCGUGUGACAGAAUCCAAGUGCUGUAGGGAGCUCUGGGGAGAGAGCGGCCUCGCUGACACGGCUGCCGUGGCACUUCAAGGGGCAUGGCCGCCUCACGGGCUUGUGUGGGAGGGAGCGUGGGCUGGACCCCGGGAUCUGCAAUGAGGAGGCCUCAGGGCCUUCGCUCCAUCCCAGGCUGGAGUGCGGUGCUGAGGGGAGCAGGCGGGGGGGGCACAGCCCAUGGCCGCCAUGACCCAAAGGAGGGGUCUGGAGCAUCUUUCUGCUGAGGAGAAACUGAGAGAGCUGGGGCUGUUUGACCGGAGAAAAGAAGCUGAGAGGGAUCUGAUCAAUAGGAUCAAUAUCUUUACAAUUCCAUUCUGUGAGAUCUGAGCCUGUUCAGCUUGGAGAAGCUGAGAGGGAUCUGAUCAAUAGGAUCAAUAUCUCUAUGAUUCCAUUCUGUGAGAUCUGAGUCUGUUCAGCUGGAGAAGAGAAGCUGAGAGGGCUCUUCUUAUUGAUGCUGAUCAGUAUCUCAGGGUGGGUACCAGCGGAUGGACCAGACUCUGUUCAGUGGUGCCCAGUGCCAGGGUGAGGGGCAACGGGCACAGACAAACACAGGAGGCUCCAUCUGAACACGAGGAGAAACGUCUUUGCUGGGAGGUGCCAGAGCCUGGCCCAGGCUGCCCAGAGCGGGUGUGGAGUCUCCUUCUCUGAGACAUUCAAACCCGCCUGGACCGACCCUGUGCGAUCCACUAAGGUGACCAGAUGAUCCCCAGAGGUCCCUUCACCCCAAUUCUGCGGGUCUGUGACAGCGCGGCAGCGCCACCUCCCCCCGCCAGGGGGCGCUCUCUGAGGAGCUUUCCCGCCUCCGCGGACUCCACCUCCCGGCAGGCACAGUGAUCCCUCACGUGACACCCGGGGGCGGGGCGCUGACCGGAAGCGGAGCGGAGCCGCGCGGGUGUUACCGGAGCUGAGGCCGCAGGCGCAGCCAUGGUGUCCGGCAAGCAGCUGGCCGAUUUCGGCUACAAGGCGUUCUCCGGCUCCAUGAUGCUGCUGACGGUGUACGGCGGGUACCUGUGCAGCGUCCGCGCCUACCGGCUGCUCCAGCGCCGCCGGGAGCGGCAAACGGCCCCUGGGUCCGGCAGCUGAGGGCGCCCCGGAGCCGGUACCGCCCUUCCCGGCUGGGGGCAGCGGGGAAGCACCAAUAAAACCGUGUGAAAACCCGCAA